AGUCCUUUUAAAGGAUAUAAAUACCGUUAGAGAGAGAGAGUGAGAGGAAGAGAGAGACACAAUGGAAUGCUUACAAUUUCUUCACAUGAAUAAAGGAGAAGGAGAGACUAGUUAUGCCAAGAAUUCUACUUUGCAGAUGAAGAUUAUGCUGGAGGGAAACCCAUUACUUGAAGAAGCAUUAAACGGCAUUUUGUACAACAACGACAACAAUAAUUUCCCCGAAACCAUGGGAAUUGCAGACCUGGGCUGUUCCUCUGGCCCCAACACCUUAACAGUAGUGUCGAAGAUCAUCGGAAUCGUCUACAACUCAACAAGGAAAACCGGGCAGCCCGUGCCGGAGCUACGAGUUUAUCUGAACGACCUUCCGUGGAAUGACUUCAACGACAUAUUCAUGUCGUUGCCGGCGUUUUACAAGAGGCUUAAAGAAGAGAAGGGGAAGGAGAUGGAAAAUUGUUUCGUGACAGGCGUACCAGGUUCGUUCUAUGGAAGGUUGUUUCCGAGGAAAAGUCUGCACUUCAUUCACUCUUCUUCCAGCCUCCAUUGGCUCUCUCAGGUUCCACCCAGUUUGGACGGCGAAGAUGCCAGCACGGCCCUGAACAAAGGGAAAAUCUACAUAUCCAAGACGAGUCCUCCGAGUGUGUUGACUGCGUAUUCCCUGCAAUUUCAGAAAGACUUUUCCUUGUUUCUGAAAUCACGGUCGGCGGAGAUGGUUCCCGGCGGCGGGAUGGUUCUGUCGUUUAUGGGGAGAAGCUCCGGCGAUCCUACAACGGAAGAUAGUUGCUAUCAGUGGGAGCUCCUAGCACAAGCACUAUUUGCUCUCGUCUCUAAGGGUGUUGUUGAAGAAGAGAAGGUGGAUUGCUUCAAUGCCCCAUACUAUGCCCCAUCGGUUGAGGAAGUGAAAGAUGCGGUGGAUGGAGAAGGAUCGUUUAUCAUCAAUCGGAUAGAAGCAUUUGAGGUUGAAUGGGACGGUGAUUUGGAAUUGGAGACCAAUUCUUCGUCGGGAAUCAUGUGCUGUGAAACACUGAGGAUGAUGUCAAGGGGGGAACGUGUGGCUAAAACCAUAAGGGCUGUGGUUGAGUCGAUGUUGACAUGCCAGUUUGGAAGAAAUGUGAUGGAUGAAUUAUUCACCAUAUAUAGUGAGUUGGUUGAUGACUACAUCUCCAGGACCAGAGCCAAAUACAUCAACUUGCUCAUUUCUCUUACAAGGAAAUCAUGACCAUUUCACUAUUUUACAAUUCUCGUGAACUGUUUUUUUCUUAGUUUGAGAUGAUCAGCUAUGAGUAAUUUAGGUUGAUGUAUCUCUUUGUAAUCUUUUAUCAGCUAGAGUUAUAAGGCAGAGUUUAAUACGUGCACUUCUUCAGAUACUAACUACGGAUAUCCCGGUCACUAAAAAAGUAGUGUAUGGGUUCCUUUUGUCAUAAAAUAAAAUAAAAUAAAAUAAAUUCAGUACUAUAUUUGAAAAAA